CCGCGGACACGCGUGCCGUGGACAUGGCGGACCCGCGGCUGCAGCUGGUGGCGCGGCGCAUCCGCAGCUUCCCGGACUUCCCCGUCCCGGGCGUGCUGUUCAGGGACAUCUCGCCGCUCCUCAAGGACCCCGACUCCUUCCGCGCCUGCAUCGGCCUCCUGGCCGCGCACCUGCGGACGGCGCACGGCGGCCGCAUCGACUACAUCGCGGGCCUGGACUCCCGUGGCUUCCUGUUCGGCCCCUCCCUGGCCCAGGAGCUGGGCUUGGGCUGCCUGCUCAUCCGGAAGCGGGGGAAACUGCCCGGCCCCACCGUGUCCGCCUCUUACACACUGGAGUACGGGAAGGCUGAGCUGGAAAUCCAGAGGGAUGCCCUGGAGCCAGGGCAGAAGGUGGUGGUGGUGGAUGACCUGCUGGCCACUGGCGGAACCAUGCGUGCCGCCUGUGAACUGCUGGGCCAGCUGCAGGCGGAGGUGCUGGAGUGCGUGAGCCUGGUGGAGCUGACCUCGCUGAAAGGCAGGGAGACGCUGGGGGCCGUGCCUUUCUUCUCCCUGCUGCAGUAUGAGUGACCCCAUCCGGGCACCUGCAGCAAGCAGGGUCCUGCCUCAGGCGGCUGCUGGCGGAGGGGGGCGCACUGGCUGCCCACCCACAACGUCCUGUGACUUUCUCCGCCCCCCGGCCCUUCCAGUGGGUGCCGGCCUGGAGCCGACAGCCUAGAUGCAGCCAAGCCCGGGUCCUUUGGGUCUGGCCCUGGAACAGCACAGCCCGAACAUAAUAAAUGGUUUUGCUGGCGCACCACUUGCCCAGGUGUCCGAGGCCGGGAGGGGUGUGUGGGGUGAGGGGGCACCCCACCUGCAGCAGGGCGGCUGCCCUGAGACACCACCUUCUCGGUCUCAGCGCUGGGAGCCCGGGACGGAUCUUUGGGUGCUCCAGCAGGGAGCAGCUCCCAGAGGCCCCUCCUCUGCCCCAAAACCAGCGUGGCAGGUCCCCCCAUCUCUGAGGGAUCCCUCCCAUCCCACACGAGGGGGUCUUCGCCCCAUCCUGCAUCAAUACACAGAUCUCUCUAGGGGCGUCAUUCAACAUAUCCGCGGCAAAGCCCCCCGCCCUGAAGAGCAGCACGGGGCUGGGCUCGGACACCACCCCACGGCAGCAGAGACCAGUCACCAGCAAAUCAGUUUAAUGACAAUCGUGCACGUGGCGGGCCCCAGGCCGG